AUGGGCCAGGAUGGCCGCGCCUCGGAGUCGCUCUCGAAUCCGUUUAGAGAAGAUCUGGAUGAGGCAUCGGAGAGGGACAAUGAUGAUGUGGAGUACGCUGCAGUAACCGUGGUGGAGAUUGAUAUGGAAGACCUCGAGGAGGACGACGUUGACGAGGACGCCGCCUACGAUGAUGAGGAGGAUGAUUGGGAGGUAGAGGUUGAUGAGGACGACGAGGAGUCGGACUAUGGGGACAGCCACCUCCGGAUCGCGGGCCUGAGCCGCAGCAUCAAUGCUGGCCUGGUCCAACAGUUCCCUCUGUUGUCCGAGUGCAACCCACGGGGCCUGGAGGGUGACCUGGCUCACGAGCUGGCGGCCAGCACAUAUGCCGACCUGUCCUACAUCGACCCACUGAAGGCAAAGGAAGGCGAGGGCGCCGACCGGUCGCCACGCAGCGCGACGCUCAACCCUGCGCACGCGCUGCUGAUGCGGGAGGGCGGGUCCGGAGGCCCCGGCUUCUCCCCUGCCACACAGGCCCACCUGGCAAGCCGCCACCGCCUGCCCACGAAGUGGGCCCGGAUGGUGGACUGCAUGCACUCCCGCAUCUACACCGGCCGAUUCUCACAGACCGGGGACAUCUUCUACGCCGGCUUCCAGGGCGGCGGCUGCAUCAAGGUGUACGACGCAACCUCGCCUUGCUUCACGGUGCUCAAGUACAUCCACGCCCGCCAGCUGCGCUGGACCAUCACCGACACGGCGCUGUCCCCUGACUCCCGCUUCCUCCUCUACUCCUCCAUCACCUCCACGGUGCACAUGGUGGACAUCAGCGCGCGGGGGGUAGGCCCCGACGCCGCGCGCUCCAUCGGCAACGUGACAGACCUGCACGAGGCGCUGGAGCUGACCGGGGCGCGGGGCGACGUCGACGACUACUCCACGGGCGUGUGGAGCCUGCGCUGGAGCCCUUCGGGUGAGGAGGUGGCCGCGGGGACCGCAGACUGCAGCCUCUACAUCUAUGACAUCGCGGCGGGUCUAACGGUGGUGCAAAACAAGGGCCACAACGACCACGUGAACGCGGUGGAGUAUGCAGAUGACACCGGCAACCUGAUCUACACCGGUGGGGACGACAAGUAUGUCAAGGUCUGGGACCGACGUAUGCUGAGGGCACGCGCCCGGACCAAGCCGGUGGGCGUGUUCAUCGGGCACACGGAUGGCGUCACCCACAUAGACAGCAAAGGCGAUGGGCGGUUCCUCAUCAGCAACAGCAAGGACCAGAGCAUCAAGGUGUGGGACGCGCGGCGCAUGUCCCCCAGCAGCGAGGUGGUCACCGCCGAGCGGGGCGGCGUGCCCACCUUCCAGUGGGACUACAGGUGGAUGGAGUACCCCGCCCGCGACCGCCUGGUGACGCACCCCAUGGACGCCUCCCUGACCAGCAUUCGGGGGCAUUACGUGCUCAACACCCUGAUCAGGGCCUACUGGAGCCCCAUGGCAACCACCGGCCAGCGAUACGUCUACGCCGGCAGCGCAGACGGCAUCGUCCGGAUUUUUGAUGUGUUGACGGGGGCCACUGUUGCGCAGCUGCAGAGGAGGAGGGGCGGCCACGACGCCACUGUCCGAGAUUGCUCAUGGCACCCGACACUGCCCAUGCUUACAACAGUCGACUUCAAUGGCUGCAUCACCCUCUUUGAGCCGGAGUCGGCGGUGGACCGAUUCUACGACUACCUGUUUAAGGUGGUGCUGAUCGGAGACAGUGGAGUAGGAAAAUCCAAUCUCCUCAGCCGCUUCACCCGCAACGAGUUCUCCCUGGAGAGCAAGUCCACGAUCGGCGUGGAGUUUGCCACCCGCAGCAUCCAGGUGGACGGCAAGACCAUCAAGGCACAGAUCUGGGACACAGCCGGCCAGGAGCGCUACCGCGCCAUCACCAGCGCCUACUACCGUGGCGCGGUGGGGGCGCUAUUGGUCUACGACAUCACCAAGCAGGUGACCUUUGAGAAUGUGGAGCGGUGGCUCAAGGAGCUGCGCGACCACGCCGACGCCAACAUUGUGAUCAUGCUGGUGGGGAACAAGAGCGAUCUGCGGCACCUGCGCUCCGUCCAGACGGAGGAUGCCAAGUCCUUCUGCGAGCGCGAGAACCUGUCCUUCAUCGAGACCUCCGCCCUGGAGGCCACCAACGUGGAGCAAGCCUUCCAGCGCAUCCUCACCGAGAUCUACCACAUCGUCUCCAAGAAGGCACUGGCCGCGGAGGACGCGGUGCAGGCCCCCAGCAGCGGAACUGCAAUCAAGGUGACCGAGGCGACGCCCGAGGCCAAGAAGAAGGCCUCCUGCUGCGCCAGCGGCUGA